GUUUCUCGGAUCCCCUAUCAAUUGGGCAAUGGCCUGUUACGAAAUCCGCUCACCAUGAAUGAGUGAGAAACUCAAUUUCUCCCUGAAUUUUUAUAUGGUCCAUGUUUUUUUUUAUAAAAUUGCUUAAUAUAGAGGAAACUCAGAAAACCAUCAGUCGAAUAGAUAUCGAAGGACGACUAACAGACAAAAAGAACAAGGAUGAUUCUUGGAGUGUUUCUUUUGAAGCAGGCGUUGAUCCAUUAGAUAUUAACGACGAUGCACUUCCAGGCGAUGGGAGUGAAAACCAUGGAUUUCUUGGACUCAAGCUAGUUCAUACACAGUGGCGUUACGAUUUUGGCUUUCUCACUCCAAAAUGUAUGUCUGCUCAAAAAUUGUGUAUUUGAUAAAGCAAAUUUUUAGCAGCAUUCCUUUGUUUUAUGGCAAUAAAAAAAUUAGUUAUUCAUAAGUAACUUUAUUAUAUGACAAUGACGGGAGAACACGAAAAAUCUGAGAGGGGAUUGCACGAUAAGAAGCAGUAUUGCCCUCGUCUAAACCAGUUGUUCCUGGUUAGGACGAAGCAAAAAUCCGACUUUUUUGAGUGAAAAAAACACACUGCGGAAAAACACUAGGUCAUUGACGAAUCCUGACUGGAAUAUCAUGCUACGAACACUCAAACAGUAAUAAAAUAACGCUAUAAAACGGCACGAGUAAAACAGCAAACGUGCGAGCAAUUUGAGAUAUGUAUGUUUUAAAUAUACAGUGUAUAUGUAGAGCAAAACAGCAGCAAAAAUGCUGUAAACAAAAGCUCAACCUUUUAAAUGUAUUUCAAAAACUAGUUUUUCGACGAAAACAUAUCAUUAGAACUUACUUGAACAUUUUCUAAGUAUAAUUGGACCGUUUGGACGUAAAAUAUUAGGUUCGUACAAAACUUGAGUCAUUGUUGCGCCCAACACUGGAUUUUUGAAAUACAUGCAAAUCCUUCAAAAAAGACAAGGAAAUCUAGUUUUUAAGGUUUGUCAUAUAAUAAAAAUCCCAUGCAUUGAAUGGCAUGGUAUGUAUCCUGAGAGCAUUUUACUCUUUCUAGCAAAUACGUUCGAAAAUACUCGGCGGAUUAUAUGUUAAACCAUUCAAUUAGAUAUAGCUAUGCAUAUUCAAACAUUUAAUGACGUAAUACAACGAUAAAGCAUAUUUUAAAAGUUGACGAAGUUUCGAUUUUGGACGUAUAUCUAUACGCCCUUUUCCAGUCAACCGGUCCCUAUUAACAUAUUGUACCGGUGCAAUAUAAUUUUCAGCUUCAUAUCUGCGAUUCGGCGCAUGCUAUGAAGACCAGAGUACUUCCGUUCGAUUCAGGGAAACAAAGAAUUCGCCCUUGAUUAUAUGUCAAACCAUUCAAUUAGAUAUAGCUAUGCAUAUUCAAACAUUUAAUGACGAAAUACAACGAUAAAACAUAUUUUAAAAGUUUCGAUUUGGGACGUAUAUCUAUACGCCCUUUUCCCGUCAAAUAACUGGAAAUGAAACAAAUUUACAGUAAAGUAUAUACUUAGACGUGUGGUGUCCUGAUUAUGAAGCAAACCUGUUAAAAAUAUAGAGAAUGUCUGAGAAAAAUUAGUAUUCAUUUUCAAACAAAUUUUGAAACACUGUUCCGGAGAAUUGCACCCUCUUUGGCUGAAAAACCAAAAAUUAACAUUAAGUGGUGAAUGAUGUACAAUUUAAAAUAUUUUCAGUUUCUGUAUUGAGUGUAUUUAAACUUGUGAGAAAAAGCAUUUUAUUGUGAGUCAACAAUAUGGUUUAUCGCACUAAAUGUGCUCGGUACGAUGUUGACUGCGUAUGGUAUACAACGCGGUGAAACGCAUAACAGGGCGAGUAAUUUUGAAGACAAUUUUAGUAUCUUACGCAAAAUUAUGUAAAAGUAAAUUUGAUUGUGUGGUUUAUGAAUUGCUAUACAUUAGAGACUUUAUACCAUCUCUUUAAUUUAAUGUGCAAUCGAAUUCUAUUAGUGGCACGGCUUAAUCGAUAUCACAACUGUUCUUCUAUUGAAGCAGUGCAUGUGUUGUAGUAGUUUGUAGUAAUUUUAGCAUGGUGCAUGAUUGUUACUUUUGAUCUUUUGUUAUCCUGUAUCUUGUUUCCUAGACAGAAAUGUUAGGCUGAAAGCAUGGGAAGGCUUACCUCCUGGUAACGACGACAAACCACCAGUUGAAGUAAAAAAUAUUUUAACACCUGUUUUCAUCCAUUCUGAGGAUGGCAUUAAAGCUUGGAUAUGUCACCCUUCCAAAUGUUAUCUCAAAGGGGAAAUAAUGAUGCCAAACUCACAGUAUGACUGCAGAAUGAAAUUAAGAGCUGGUAUGUUAUGUCGGAUAAAGCAUUCACAAGUAGUAAAUGUGAAAUUGGGAAUUAACAUGCACACUUACGUAAUUGCAGGUUUACAGUUCAGAAUGGAGUAAGGCCCGUUUCGUACGGAUUGUUUCGAACCUUCGACUUCUUUCUUUAACGUCUGUAUUACGUAAGUGUAGUUUUCUAGUUCGAUCGGUUAUACUUUUUUGCGCAGCACAAACACACGUGCGGGAGAUAUUGUUUAGACCAAAAUACGAGUUCGUAUAUUGCCAGUGCUAUUUUGAGCGCGAUGAUUACAGUAUAACAUUCAGCAUUAAAUUUAAUAGUUUGGCGACUUAUUCAAGUGAGUACGUGCAGUAUGUUGUUGCAUAUCUUGCAUUGUAUUAAUCGUACUAACCUCAAAAUUUGUGGCUGCGCUACAAAAUUUGAUUGUAUCAGUCAAGAUUUGAUAUAAUUUAGAACGAUAUGGUUCAAGUAUAGGUUUUGUCUAUAGUUUCAUUUUGACGUUUACCAUUGGAGUUAACUUCAAAUUGAGUAGGCUUGUAGCCUUCAAGAAUAUCCGAACGUAGCGCUCUUUAUUACUUGCUAAUUCAUAUUUUGUUUACAUAUUACUUGUUAUUUUGACUAUACGGUCGUCAUUUGCGUGUGCAAUUUAUCAUGUGUUAUCCAGCAUUACUGUGCCUUUUACAGUUCCGCGGUAGGGUAUAAUUCUAUUGUCAGUAACAGUCGUGACUGUUUACAAACAUAAUGUGUUUGCCACCACGCUCUUAAGCUUUACCCUAGAGCAUUUCAUCGUAUUUUAAUGAAACUUCUGUGAUAUAUUCAAUUCAUAAAGUGACUGAAACAAUGAAGGCUAUACUGUAUUUUAUAUAUUACAUAUAGUAUUUAUAGAUCUUAUUCAUAAUUCGCAAUCGGGGCCACGUAUCGUAGGAAAAUGGAAUAAACGCGGGAAAAUUGACAAAAAAGUCAGCGGAUGAAAGUUGAAAUAAUACUUUUAAAAGUAUAUUUAUCACUUAUUUACUGAGACCGAGGGAAACAGUGUGUUUUGUGGACCCGAGACCUCCGCAACAACGGCGGUCGAGGGGGUCUCAGUAAAUAAGUGUUUUGUUAUAUAGUAUAUAAGUGUCAAAGUAUGCAUUAUUCACCGGUUAUUGGAGUGAACUUAAUUUGAAACCAAAACUGGAUAAAUGGAACGCCGUAAAUGUUUAAUAAAAGUUUAAAAAAUGAAUUUUGUAACUUUAUGGUUGACACGCAUGCGUAUUGCACCCAUUUUAUUAUUGACCGGUCAAUAAAUGUUUCAUUGUGGACCGGUUGCCUCCUCGGCAAAGCACGCAGUGAACAUGACGUUUUGUGGACCGGCACGUGAUACGGUUUUGACCAAUCGGCAAAUAGAAAACUUGAACUUUGACACCAAGUAACUAUUGGUCAAAACCGUAUCACGUGCCGAUCCACAAAACGUCAUGUUCACUGCCUGCUUUGAUGAGAGGGCAACCGGUCCACAAUAGAGAGGUUAAGACACACCGGUUCCGGUUUAAGGGUACGAGUAUCGCCAUUUUGUUUACCAAUAUUUGCUGAUGUCAGCAUUUUUACUCGUAACAUCUACCCGUUUCCCCGCAGUAAACCAUGGCUUACACGUAAACGACAAACGGGUACGGGUAGCAAAUAGCAAAAACUUCAACAUCUUACCCAAAAAAAUAAUAAAUUAAUACACACAAACAAUCUAUGGCAAACGUUAACAGCGAAAGUUACAAUUCUCUGAUCGGUUUUCUCACGGCGGAGUAUCUUGGAUUUCUUAAGUUACAAAUCGUUCCCCGACUUACGGGUACGGGUACGUGUAUAUCACCCGUACCCGUAAACCGGAACCGGGGUAUCGUAACCUCUCUAAUUAAACAUUUAUUGACCGGUCAACAAUGAAUGGAUGCAGUGCCAUGCGUGUCAAUCGUGAAGUUCCAAAGUUCAUUUUAUUAAACUUUUUUUAUUAAACACUUACGGCAUUCCAUUCAUCUUGUUUUGCUUUCAAAGUUCACUCCAAUAACCGAUGAAUUAUUUCAUGAUACUUUGACACUUAUAUGCUACAUAACAAAGCACUUAUUUUCUGAGACUUCGGAAAGCAGGGUGUUUUGUGGCCCCUCGACCGCCGUUGUUGGCGUUCUCGGUUCACAAAACACACUGUUUCCCUCGGUCUCCGCAAAUAGGUGAUACUUAUUUACAGGCUGAGAGGUACGCACUAAAAAUAUUUUCCCGAGUUCUCGUGAACCAAUCAGAAGGCUCCAUUUACGUUACGGACCUGGGAUUACUGACCGGAAAAAAUUAAAGCAAGCAUUUGACGUAAAAGUUGCUGGGGUCAAUCGGAAAAGGAAACUUUUAAUUGUUUUGUUGUAGUCACAGGCACAGUUCAUAAUUUUCCAUGCGCAUCAGUAUUAUUUGAAGUUCUAUUGUGAUUCUUGACCUCUUAUAUUAAUGUCCAAUUGUAAUAAUAUAUAUACUUUUUUCAGGUUUGUCUGUGUUUUUUUUUUCAUGGAAUAACUAUAGUCUAUAUAUUGAUGUUAAAAUCUCAACAAAACACUGUUUUCACCUCUGAAAAAAUUCUAUCACCACCUUGUAGUUGUAGCUUUCGUUGUCGCCACAAAAUUUUAAAGCACACAAAAAGUCGUGAUAAAUUGAAAUAAACAACAAGAAAAAAGCCAUUAAAUUUGGAUUUUCGAGCAGGGAAAACCCAGCUAUCGCUGGCUUUCCUGCGUUUACUGCCGUUUCCUAGGAUACUUGGCCCCGAUUGCGUAUUAUGAGUAAUUUCUACACCCAAAUAUAUUUGAAUAGUUUGAGUAAUCAUGAGUAAUCUUUCUUCCAAGGAAAUUCUUUUAGCUAAAAUCUUGUAUGAUUUCGUGAAGAAAAACGCUCUUACAAUUUUUGUAAUACGAUAUUUUAACUUGUUCCGUUAGUGAUACAAGUGAUAUAGACAACUUGCAUGUUAGACUAAUUUUUUAUUUAGGCAAAAAAAAAGUAAAUUCCCGUAAAGAACUUAUUAAUUAAAAUCAGUAAAAUUGCAAAAUUUGGUUGCAAAAUGUUGUAAAAUGCAGAAAAUAUAGCAUUAUAGCCUUGCGAAGUUUGCAUAUUUUCAGUAUAUUUGUAUUACGUGCGGAAAUUGUUACCAUUUUUGAGCCGAAAAUGGUAGCAAUUUCCGCACGUAAUACAAAUAUACUGAAAAUAUGCAAACUUCGCAAGGCUAUAUUUUCUGCAUUUUACAACAUUUCGGAACCAAAUUUUGCAAUUUUACUAAUUUUAUUAUUUUCUUUUUAACUGUUGUGUUUUAUUCCCCUCUCUUUACUUAGAUUAAAAUUUAAUCUAACAUGCAUGUUGUCCAUUGCCAAAACGCAUUUGGAUUCAAUUCCAUACAGCUGUUGCAUAUGGUAAUUUAUGUAGAGUAGAGUAUAUAUGAAGGAAAGAUUCUGUUUGGUAGAAUAAUAUAUAGAAAUAGUGCAAAACCUUGAGAGUAUAAACCGAUACACUAUAGUUUUAGUUAGUAGUCGGGCACAUGUCAAUAUUCCUUACGCGCUUGCGCUAAAUAACUGGAAUGUUUAUAUAUCUUCGACAGUAAUAUAGGCGUUGCUGCAAGCUCAUAAAGAGUUCGACCAUAUCGAAUGUGCAGUUAGCUUCUACAUUAGGAAGCUUAAGAUGUCGUAAAUCUACGCCGACGUGACGAAAACACACGCUCGCUACAUUCACAGUUUCUGCAACACGCCGGAUAAAAACACAGAAAAAUCGAUUCGUUUUGUAAACAAAUCUGGAUACACUUGAAAAACACAUUUAAACUGGUAACAAAUCCAAAAGUGAAAUAUAAUACCUGUUUUUUUUGUCGCGUUAAGCAUGUACAUCUUUGUAAAUUAGCUCCCUUUUUUGGAACUGCUGCACUCACUGACUCACUUGAUGCAUGGUUAUUAUAUUUUCGAAAAAUCCAAUAUGAUUCUUUUAUAUUUAUAGGUUCCCGUUAUAGCGUUUGUAUAGAAGAGGACGCAGUCCUGUCGGAUUAUCUUUCCAACUGCCAAUUUGAUAACGCAAAACAUCAUAUGGAUUUACCAGAUGAAAAAGACCAUGAGAUGCCGGAAGGGUUUAGGUGUAAGUUUUACCGCGAGGCAAAAGAAACUAUGUUUGAAGCUACCGUUGAUGGAGAGUGUUUUACCGUUAUGGUUUUGAAUGAAAAGGAGUGGGAUUCAGACUCAUCAGAUAGAAGAGACAAGGAACAGGUUUGUAUGCUUUAAUUUCAAAGUUAUCAACAAAAGAGAGAAAUUAAUUUUAUUAUCAUUAUAAUUAUAAUUACACUGAGCUGAAAUGUCAAGUGCCUUAAAUCCCUAAUUUUCUGUCUUCUGUUUUCUUCGUCGUCGAGAAAUCAAGUUUGCGUUAACGCAACGCAGGCUCAGAGUGCAUCGAUUAAGCCAAAAUGCCAUCGAUUCCUGGAUUUAAAUAUAGUGACAAGCUCGUAUUUAUGUACGUAAUAGUCGGCUCAUGCCAUGCUUGUGG